AUGGACCAGCCGAUGGGCCCAAUCUUCAAGGCUGUUAACUGGUCUGCGGACGAUGGAAAGAGUGAUAAGCAACCAUCCCUUGAGGCUUUAGGACAGGACAAAGUCACUCGUUGGAUGAAAGAUGGUCUACAGGUUCUAUAUUGCGGCCGCUUGCCCGACAUUUCCAAUGUAGUACGCCCGGUUGACAAAUCCGGCAGCUACAUGGAUAUUCUUCAGUUGUGGACUUCGGACCUUGAGUCUAACACCAAUGUGGGAAGACCUUCUCCGCAAUCUCAAGUUUAUUGCACAACGUCACUCGAAGAACAGCAAAUCAAUGACGUUGAAAGUGAAAUGAGGUUCUACGACUUGCUAGUCAGAGCUGGAGGACGCCCAUGGUACCCAAGGACACUCAUCGACCAAGUUGUGAGGAACCCAGGCAACUACAAGGAGCUUCUUCAGUAUUGGAGACAUGACCCCAGUGGGCCGGAGAAAGAACAAUGGAUGGUGUUUGAACGGCAGCUAGAAAGGUGGAAUAUGUUCUGCCGCUAUCAAAAGAGGGUGCGACAAAACUCGGAUACGUUUAGAGAAUACUCAACACGAUGUACUCGACGACUGUACAAGCAAUCAUUACCUACAGCGCUUCAUAUGAAGCAAGACACGAAAGACCAGGAUACCAUAUCACAAUGGCUUGAGUACUUAUGCUUUGAGCUAUCCGAGUGCAAAAGAUACUCGUGGUAUAAGCGGUAUCAUCAAAACUACGAAAAUGCUUGGCAAACUGUCGUUGACGCCAAAGUGUUACGUUCUCACGAAAGCCAAAGUCUGGUCGAGGCUGCUCAGUGUACGUCCUUGCAUGAUGACGAGCGGACGAGUCUAAGACAAGAUGUUGAAGCUGCCAGCUCACAGGUUCUGUUAGCAGAAAGGGAUUCGUUAAAUCCAUCUUUGAGGGGGCCCAAAGCUCAGCGUAAGCUAUUCGAAGCUCAGGCUAAGCUCGACUCUACCAUUGAGACAUUCGAUCGUCUUCAGUAUCGAGUCGAUACAAUCAGGAAAUAUCACGACAUCACGUCGACAUACAGAGAAGCAAGAGCCGGAGCUCAGCGACAUGAGAUACUUUUACAAUGGGUACGGCAACAAAUACCGUUGAUCGAAAAGGAUCUUGGGCUUCCAUGUUCAGCAUCGCGUCUGGCUCUGGAGGGCGAUGUGCUCGCGGAAACCGAUAGUGACGAGAGCGACUACCAGGGUACUAACGCCGCCUCAUCAUGUACCUCAUCGAUAAAUGAAUAUGGCAGAUUACAGAGAAGCGAAAGCAAGAAACGUUGUCGUCUCGAGAGUAUCUCGGCUGAAGCUACGCAAGGUCACAGCAACGCGCCUCCAAAACGGUCAAGAUGCGUCGUCGAUUCUUUCUCUCAUACGAGCUAG